AGGUACAUUUUACACCAUGUCAACACCUGUCACUUCUGUCACGAUCGAAUCUCUCACAACAGCAUGCAAUGAACGACUUGAAGCUACUUAUGUUCAAGCAAAAGAUAUUUCAGGAGGAUGUGGACAGAACUUUGAGAUCAUCAUCGUUUCUCCCAUGUUUGAGGGCAAGUCUACACUUCAGAAGCACCGUUUGGUGAACGAGGCACUAAAGGAACAGAUUGCACUUGUCCAUGCUUUCUCACAGAAAACAUAUACACCAGCACAAUGGGAAGCAUUGAGCCAGCAGUAAAGAAAAAAAAAAAAAAAAAAAAA